AUGGGCCGUGAUGGGUAUGAAGUAGCUCCACGGUCAGACAGUGAGGAGAGUGGUUCAGAGUAUGAAGAGGAGGAGGAAGAUGAAGAAGCCCCAGUUGCACCUGAUAAUGAAGAAAAGAAGAUUAUCGUUCCUAAUAUUGAAGAUGUACCUGACUUCUUUGCAAAGCAGAUAAUUGAAUGUGCUAAACAAGAUGUUGAUGAUGAAUACAGCAUGCGAGCAGGAAUGAAAGGUUCGCAGUCAUAUUAUGCAGUGGCACAUGCCGUCACAGAAAGGGUAGAGAAGCAGUCAGCUUUGUUGAUCAAUGGAUCACUUAAGCAGUACCAGCUUCAAGGGCUUGAGUGGCUGGUUUCUCUUUACAAUAACAAUCUGAAUGGAAUUCUGGCUGACGAGAUGGGACUUGGAAAGACAAUCCAGACUAUUGCGCUCAUCACCUACCUGAUGGAACACAAGAGACUCAAUGGACCCUAUCUCAUUAUAGUACCCCUCUCAACUUUAUCCAACUGGGUGUAUGAAUUUGAUAAAUGGGCCCCGUCUGUUGUGAAGAUUUCUUACAAGGGUACACCAGCUCUCCGCCGGUCAUUUAUUCCACAACUGCGCAGUGGAAAAUUCAACGUUCUUUUAACCACAUAUGAGUAUAUUAUUAAGGACAAACAUGUGCUUGCUAAGCUUCGAUGGAAAUACAUGAUUGUGGAUGAAGGUCAUCGUAUGAAGAAUCAUCAUUGUAAACUGACCCAGGUGUUGAACACUCACUACGUUGCACCUCGCCGGGUCCUUUUAACAGGAACUCCAUUGCAGAACAAACUCCCUGAACUUUGGGCUCUUCUAAACUUCCUCUUGCCUACUAUCUUCAAAAGCUGCAGCACCUUUGAGCAGUGGUUUAAUGCUCCAUUUGCAAUGACUGGAGAAAGGGUUGACUUAAAUGAAGAGGAAACAAUCCUGAUAAUUCGUCGUCUUCAUAAAGUGCUGCGCCCUUUCCUUCUGAGAAGGCUGAAAAAAGAAGUGGAAUCCCAAUUACCAGAAAAGGUUGAGUACGUUAUCAAAUGUGACAUGUCAUCUCUACAGAAGAUUCUGUACAGGCACAUGCAAGCUAAGGGAAUUCUUCUUACAGAUGGUUCUGAGAAAGACAAAAAGGGUAAAGGUGGUGCUAAAACUCUCAUGAAUACCAUAAUGCAGCUGAGAAAAAUAUGCAAUCAUCCCUUCAUGUUUCAACACAUAGAGGAAUCCUUUGCUGAACAUUUGGGUUAUAAUGGAGGACUCAUUACUGGUCCAGACCUCUAUAGAGCUUCAGGAAAAUUCGAAUUAUUGGACCGUAUUUUGCCAAAACUGCGAGUUUCUAAUCACAGAGUGCUACUCUUCUGCCAGAUGACAUCACUGAUGACCAUUAUGGAAGACUAUUUUGCAUUCCGAAGUUUUCCUUACUUGCGACUUGAUGGAACAACUAAGGCAGAGGAUCGCGGUGCGUUAUUGAAAAUGUUCAAUGAAGAAAACUCCAAGUACUUCAUUUUCUUGCUCAGCACCCGAGCUGGUGGCCUGGGUUUGAAUCUUCAAGCGGCUGAUACUGUUAUCAUCUUUGACAGUGACUGGAAUCCACAUCAGGAUUUGCAAGCCCAAGACAGAGCUCACCGUAUUGGACAGCAGAAUGAAGUCCGUGUCUUGCGCCUCUGCACAGUCAACAGUGUGGAGGAGAAAAUUCUUGCUGCUGCCAAAUACAAGCUUAAUGUGGACCAGAAAGUUAUCCAGGCUGGUAUGUUUGAUCAAAAAUCUUCAAGUCAUGAGCGUCGAGCUUUCCUGCAGGCAUUGCUGGAACAUGAGGAGCAAAAUGAGGGGGACACCAAUGCUUCUCCUUCCUGCAGUACUACCUGGGAAGAAGAUGAAGUUCCAGAUGAUGAGACCCUGAAUCAAAUGAUUGCUCGCCAUGAAGAGGAGUUUGAACUGUUUAUGCGCAUGGACCUGGAGCGGAGAAGAGAAGAUGCUCGGAAUCCAAAACGUAAACCACGACUGAUGGAGGAAGAUGACCUCCCAUCAUGGAUUGUGAAAGAUGAUGCAGAAGUUGAGCGUUUGACAUGUGAAGAGGAGGAGGAGAAGAUGUUUGGCCGUGGUUCACGCAUGCGCAGGGAUGUAGACUACAGCGAUGCUCUUACAGAAAAGCAGUGGCUAAGGGCAAUUGAAGAUGGUAACUUAGAAGAAAUGGAAGAGGAAAUACGUCAAAAGAAAGCUAGAAAGCGCAGAAGAAAUGUAGAUAAAGAUCCAUCAAAAGAAGAUGGAAAAAAGAAGAAAAAGAGAGGCAGACCUCCAGCUGAAAAGUUGUCUCCAAAUCCACCAAGGAUCACUAAACAGAUGAAUGCAAUCAUUGACACAGUUAUUAACUACAGAGACAGCUUGAGCCGACAGCUAAGUGAGGUUUUUAUUCAGUUGCCUUCGCGGAAGGAGUUGCCUGAAUACUACGAGCUAAUUCGAAAACCUGUGGAUUUCAAAAAAAUUAAGGACCGAAUUCGCAACCAUAAGUAUCGAAGCCUGGGAGAUCUAGAAAAAGAUGUGAUGUUGUUAUGUCACAAUGCUCAGACAUUCAACCUGGAAGGAUCACAGAUUUAUGAGGAUUCCAUCGUCCUUCAAUCUGUAUUCAAAAGUGCAAGACAGAAGAUUGCUAAAGAAGAAGAAAGUGAGGAGGAAAGUAAUGAUGAUGAUGAUGAAGAGGAGGAGUCAGGAUCUGAGACAAAAUCGGUCAAAGUUAAAAUAAAGCUUGGUCGAAAGGACAGCGACAAAAGUCGCGAGAAAGGAAAAAGCAAGAAACGGCUAGGUCGUACUAAAAUCAAGCCAGUCAUUAGUGAUGAUGACAGUGAUGAUGACCAAGAUGACAAUGACCAAUCUGACAUCAGUGGAAGCGAAGAUGAAUGAUUUAAUUUUUUUAAAAAUGUGAAUUGCUUCAUGGACAAGUCUUUGUUUCAGUAACUUUAUCAAAUGUUUUGUUGCACAACUAUCCAUAAUUCCUCCUUCCCUCCUAUACCCUUCCCCAGCUUGACCUUUAUCUGAGAAGUAAAUCUGUUAGUAGAAGUAUAAUCUUUAGUUUAGUUUAUGUAGGCAUGACUGCAAUAAAAUAAUUUUCCUAAGUAUACAUCUGUUUGCAUCAUCAUAUUUGCUUUACGCUUGUUAAAUUGAAUUUAAAUGCUUUUGAAUUGUAUCAGUUUCUAUAUACAUUAAAACAUGUCAUAGCUUUUUCUUGUGUUCCUGAAGGUCAGUGUCACCACAGCUUUAAAUCCUGACAUAUCAUUCAAGUGGAAAAUUUGUAUCAUUAUGCACAUCCCUUUUUAGUUUUUGUUUUGAAAAUAUUGUUUUGCAACCAGUGCUGAUAAUAAGCUUUUCCUUAAGUGUACUUAAUUCUUGCUUUCUUUGCACAAUGUCUUUGGUGUAUCUGAUUGCCCAAGGCAAAUAAAAUCUAAUUCAGUUGUAAAGAGUGAA